UUAUGGAAUUGGAAAGAGCCUAAACAGUUUAAGAAUUCGUAAAGUCUAUUGAGAAACGAAAUUUUGAAUUCGAAUUUUAAUAUCUUAGACAAAGCACUGAGACUAAAGAACAUGAUAAAUAACUAAUUAAGACUGUUCAAGUUUAAAGAUUGAAUAGAUACACAAAUAUAUUACCAUGUAUAUUAAUAUACUCAUUUAUUCUUAGUUUCACAUUCAAUUGUAAAACCAGAAGCUUAAGCAACGAAUAAAUUUAGUACACCUAGAGAUAAAUUUUACAUCAAUGCAAAUUACAUAAAAGGAAUAAAUAAUGUUGAAAAACAAUACAUAGCAACUUAAGGACCAAUUCCAGAAUCUAUUGAUGAUUUUUGGCAUAUGGUUUGGACUAAUAAUGUUGGUGUCGUGAUAAUGUUGUGUGCUUUAUUUGAUAGAGGAAGAGUAUUCCUUUUGCUUUACUUAGAUCCAAUGCGAGAAGUAUUGGCCAAGUGCUGGAUAGAAGGCACAAUUUGGUCCCUACGAGGUGAAUACGAUUUCUUAAGAAGAGGCUCCAAAGACUCUUUUUAAAAAUAAGAUCAUACUCAAAUGUUAAGAUGAAUAAAGAGAGAUUAUUCAUUAUUAAUGGGCAGGUUGGACUGAUUUUGGAGUUGUUGAUAAUACUUAAUUUAAAAUUCUUGAUAUGUUAGCAGAAGUUUCAAAUACUGCUGGUAUGUAAAAUAAAAGACCAGUAAUUCAUUGCAGUGCAGGAGUAGGAAGAACAGGAACAUUCUUAGCUAUAUGUCAUUUAAAAUAGUUAUUAAUUAAUAAUCAAGCAAAAAUAUCUGUAUUUAGUAUAGUGAGAAGAUUGAGAGAGUAGAGAGCCUUAAUGAUUUAGACACCUGAGUAGUAUCAAAUGGUGUAUAGAUACACAAUAUGGUUGAUAGAAAAUUUGAAAUAUAUUUGA